AUGCCACAAGGUGAUGAUCUCCACGCCAUCAGCGUAGCCUACCUAGGGCCCGAAGCUUCGUUUUCGCACCAAGCAGCCCUCGCCGUCUUCCCGCCGCAGUCGACGACGUCCUCCAGCAGCACGAGCAGCCCAGUCACACUGAAUCCCCUUCCAACCUUCCCCUCCAUAUUCUCCGCCAUCCAGGCCUCUUCCACAGACCGAAGACAGUACGAUUACGCCGUUGUGCCCAUCGAGAACAGCACGAAUGGCUCCGUGGUCGGAGUUCUCGACCUCCUCGCUCAAUGCGGCCUCGACCCAAGCGCCCCAUACCCAGACAUUGAAGUCUGCGCUGAAUACUACCUGCCUGUACAUCACUGCCUCUUCGUAUCGGCCAACUCCACCACGUCAGAAUCCACAAUCCGCACCCUCUACACCCACCCGCAGGUCUGGGGCCAGUGUGCGCGCUUCCUAUCGUCACGGUUCCCUCCCGCGAAAGUUGAAAGGAUAGACGUCGGAAGCACCUCUGCAGCCGCCCAGCUUGUCGCCCAAGAAUCAAACGGCGGUCUCAGCGCAGCCAUCGGGUCAAAGUUGGCGGGAGAAAAGCAUAACCUGAUCUGCCUGGCUGAGAACAUUGAGGACGAGCCUGGCACUAACACGACGAGGUUUUUUGUCGUGAGGAAUAGAAAACGGCAGGUACCGUCGGAUGCACUGCUGUCUUACCUGUCAAGUCGCUCCGAGGCAAAGGAUGCGGUAAGAAAUAAAUCUCUACUGGCUUUUACGAUAUCGCACACGAAGCCCGGCGCACUCGCAGAUGCUCUGGCAGUGUUCAAGACGUAUUCUUUCAAUUUAACGAGUAUAGACACCAGACCGAGCCGGAAAAGGAAUUGGCAGUACGUCUUUUUUGUGGAAUGCGAGCAGGCGGCCGAUGUUAGCAGUAGCAAUCUUGCUGCUUCGGAUGAAGCCGGCUUAAAUAUGAUGUUGGCUGAUUUGGAGAAGUAUACCGAAAGCCUUAGGUAUCUGGGAACAUUCGAAGAUCAAUUAGUCAGGGAAGGGGACAAUGCCCCUUGA